GAUUGAUUGUCUUGCUACUACCAGGAACAAUAAUAAUAGUCUUCGUCCGAGAAGAAAAAAAAAUUCAGUCAGCCAAUCAAGAUGCCACAGCAAUCCGUCAGCAUCGAUGGCUUGUAUGCGGCAGACAUCAGAGGCAAAGUCGAGCUGCUCAUCGAGAAUCUGGUGAAUAUCAAGGAUGAGACGGGGAAAUUCCUCCUGCGGUUGCCAGAUGGGAGAGUAAUCGACACGAAAGGAUGGAAUGAUUGGGAGUGGACGCACGGUAUUGGUCUAUAUGGCGUGUGGCAGUAUCAUACCUUGACCGGCUCCACGCCUGCGUUGGACGUCGUGGAGGCAUGGUUCAAAGGUCAACUGGCCACGGGAACUUCCAAGAACAUCAACACGAUGGCGGUGUUCCUGACAUUGGCAUACCUGUACGAGAAGACAGGCGAGCAGACGUAUCUUCCUUGGCUCGAUUCGUGGGCAGAAUGGGCCAUGUACGAGCUGGAACGUACUCCAUUUGGCGGUAUGCAGCACGUCACAUACCUGACUUACAACCACAAUGAGCUCUGGGAUGACACGCUCAUGAUGACGGUCCUACCGCUGGCCAAGAUUGGCAAAUUGCUCGGACGACCGCAUUAUAUUGAAGAAGCCAAGCGACAAGUGUUAUUGCACAUCAAGUAUUUGUUUGAUCCGACCACAGGCUUAUUCUUUCACGGCUGGAAGUUCGACGACUCUGCUCCCGGCGGAUUCGGGCACAAUUUCGCGCGAGCGCGAUGGGCGCGUGGGAAUUCCUGGUUGACCAUUUUCAUACCCGACUUUAUCGAGCUCCUAGAUCUGCCUCCGGGAGAUGGACUCCGCGUACACCUCAUCGAUACAUUGCAAGCGCAAUGCAUGGCGCUCAGGACGCUCCAGGACGACGAGGGCGCGUGGAGAACGUUGCUGGAUGUGCCACUGAGCGAGGGGAGCUAUGUCGAGGCCUCUGCGACUGCUGGUUUCGCGUACGGCAUACUGAAAGCGGUGCGCAAACGCUAUAUCAGCAAGGAGUUCGAGCCUGUUGCUGCCAAGGCCGUUCAUGCGGUCUUGAAGCGAAUUGCACCAGAUGGAGAACUUAUGGAUGUGAGCUUUGGGACGGGAAUGGGCAGUGAUCUCCAGCAUUAUAAAGAUAUCCCGGUGACUUCCAUGCCGUAUGGUCAAGCGAUGGCUAUGAUGAUGCUGGUGGAGUAUCUGCGUAAGUUCAUCUAAGUAAGUAGGUCGUAUUCAUGGUUGGUAGAAAUGAUCCCAUAGAGCUAGAAUACAGUCAAUUGAUAG